CACGAAUUGAUCUCGGUGCCGUUUGGCCCAUCUAUCGAGGGUCAUUCAGAUCCAGUGGCUCUUGCUCGGCGUCUUGAUGUCAAAUCAACAAACCGUGUCCCCGCUGAAGGUCACAGAGAUCUGGUUGGUUCAAAUGCUCUUUCAGCACCUGUUCUCCCCCUGACAUCUGCUUCAGGACCACUUACUACGACUGGGCAUUCGACAGUUGCUGAGGUAUUUACUUCGAAUAUAUCUUCGACACUACCUGCUCAGAUAGGAAGCAAUCAACCUCAGACGGCGGUGGUUACUGAAAUUCGGACCAAUGAGAAGAAUACCUCGGUGAACUGCCGAACUGCCUUGCUGCAACGGCCAUGGGCCGGAAGAUUGCUUGCUGCAGCCCGAGUGUUUCAGCAACGUGAAAAGGAGGAUGAUGCUCAGGUUUGUCAUUGGCUUAUCUGUUAA